GGAGCUUAGUAGGAGGAAACGGUACAGUUGGUCGACUGUUCCCAAGAAUACCGGCAUCAGCUCACCGGGAGCACAGCAGCUAUCUAUCUAGCAAGACAAAUCUCUGAAGCAGAGCUGAAGUCGUCCACAGAAACACGCUGCGUUUAAACCGAGCAGCACGUACAUGCUUCUGCUUGUGGACACGUCGGUGAAGGGCUCGGAGAUUACCGUUUCAGAUACACCGCUGCAGGAUGGAGACGCAGAUACAUGUGCCUGUCGGGUCACCGGUGAUUAGAAAAAUUCCCAUUUUCGUGGACGAACAAAACGUCGCGGAGGGGGCGAUGAAGCUCAUUAAAGAGCUGAGACCUGCGUGGGACCCGAGCCACGUCAAGACUAAGCUCUUUACUGAUGGAACCACCAACAAGCUGGUGGGCUGCUAUGUGGACGACAGUCAGGAGGAUGUUGUCCUGGUCCGAGUGUAUGGGAACAAGACAGAGCUGAUUGUGGACAGAGACAAUGAGCUCAAAAGCUUUCAGGUGCUACAUGCUAACGGUUGUGCUCCUCGUCUCUACUGCACCUUUCAAAAUGGCAUCUGCUAUGAGUUUAUGCAAGGAGAUGCUCUUGGGACGCAGGAUGUCAGGGAUCCCUCCCUGCUCAGACUGAUAGCCAGAGAAAUGGCUCGCAUCCACGCCAUCCAUGCACAUAAUGGCUGCAUCCCAAAACCCAACCUGUGGAUCAAGAUGCGAAAAUACUUUUCCAUUGUGGCCACAGAGUUCACCGACCAGGCGUCCAAUGCCAGAAUCCAGCAGGAGGUUCCCAGUAAGGCGUUGCUGGAACAGGAGAUGGCAUGGAUGAAGGAGCAUCUCUCUACUCUGGGCUCUCCUGUAGUGCUCUGCCACAAUGACCUGCUCUGCAAGAACAUCAUCCACAACAACAAAGAGGGUCAUGUUCGCUUUAUUGACUAUGAAUACUCCAGCUACAACUACCAGGCCUUUGACAUCGGCAACCACUUCAAUGAAUUUGCAGGUAUGGCUGAGCUGGACUAUGGACUGUACCCUAGUCAGGAGAUGCAGAUGACGUGGCUCAGAGUGUACCUGCAGGCAUACAAACUGUUCACCAAGAAAACCGAGGAGGUCAGUCCACGAGAGCUGGAGACGCUCUAUGUACAGGUCAACAAGUUUGCUUUGGCUUCUCAUUUCUUUUGGGGUUUCUGGGCACUCAUCCAGGCCAAAUACUCAUCAAUCGACUUUGACUUCCUCGGGUAUGCAGUGCUACGUUUCAACCAGUACUUCAAGACUAAACCUGCAGUGAUGGCUCUACAGAUCCCAGAAUGAGAGAAGACCAGGAAGCCAGGAGGAUGAGGAGGGAAGACCAGAGCGAGGGUGUAGUAGACUCUUCUCUGAGCCAGCUGUUGGUGGAUACUGCUCGAUCUACUUGGCAUCCCUUUUCUGCAACAAGCGCAAUUACUCUUUCAUUCCUCUGCACUUAGCUCCACGUCUGUCACGACUGUUGCUUGAAAAUUACAAAACUUAUAUGUGCGUGAGUGUGAUUGAAUAUGCUUUUACUUUAUGGAGAUAAACCCAAAAUGUCUUACUUUUCUUCUUAGGGCAACUGAACCAGGCAUUUUGAGCCGCUUUGAAGAGUCUGUGUUUAGGCUAGAGCUCACUGACUUCAGAUCUGCUUGACUCUCUGUCAUACUGGCGCCAAAAUGUUCCACGGCACUGGUAAUGAAGGUCUAUAAGGAGAGUUUGAUGAUGACAUUGACUUGAGUUUGUCUAGCUUGUCGUUCUAGUUAGAAGCUGACUUCAGGGCCACUUUGCCUGAUAUUCCUCACAUUGUUCGUUUGGUGUACGGACUGUGACCAUAGCGAGGCCAUUCCUCCGCUGCUUGGCGAUUUUUAAUACUGUAAUCCGUGUGACCUUCCCUAUUUUUGCUCCAUCUUUAGUGCUUGUAGCCCCAGAGAUCACCUGUUGGAGCUUCUGUCAGUACCUCUUCUAGUUUUUCCCAGCCAGCUGCUGCUCCUAGAAAUAUAUCAACUGUCUUUUCUUCGAGCAAGUGGGUUUUGUGUUUUGAAAGAAUGACCUACCAGACUCCCCAGUGUGUGGAACAGCAAAUGGACGAGUUUCAUAGUCUGGCUUUAGGUUGGGUCACCAUUGUGUUAUAGCAAUAAGUGACGGAGUUGCUGAAUGUACAUUUAUUUAUUUGUGUGACGACACUGGAUCAUUAACACCUCAGGUUAACAACUCUUCGGUUUGGGUUCUGUACUGUAGCACUGGAGGAGGAAGGCAGGAUAGAUGGUGUCAAUGUGACUUUAAACUUUGUGUGCAUUUCUGUCCUCCACCUUUUUGACUUUUAUGGUAGCAGAGAAUCGCUGUUAAACUCACCAGACCUCCAUGUCAAUGCCUCCUCCACCCUCUUUCUCUCCUGUCUAAGCUCACUCCUGAUGAUGCUACCUUUGAUCCACUUCCAGCUUCAGCUUUUUUCCCCAGCCUCUCUGUAUCUGUUGAGGCUGUGGCUGGAGCACCUGUUCCCCAGAGCAUCUUGACAUGGAAGCCCACACUGUAUUCCAUUUCUGUUCAUAUCCCAGAUUUGGAGCCAAGAGUUGUUAUAUAAGCAAACAUUACAUAAGUCACAUCUGGGGUCAAAUCAACCCUAGCUUUCAGAAAGAGGCAGGAAUGGGUUAUCUGGGGCUGUUCCAUUGUCAUCAGAUUACCAGUUCCUGUCAUGGAAAAAGAUUGCAUCACACUCUGUCAAGGUUACAAGUUCUCAUUCCACAAUCUGCUGAAAGCAAAACUGCCAAAACCUUACAAGGCAGUAUCUGGAUUCUUUGAACUCUGUGUCCAGUGUAAAGGUGCAGUCAGUCAAGUGCAAAGUGAGUUUUUUUUUUUUUUUUUUUAACCGGAACUUGUCCAUAAUUGGUGUUUAUUUGCCCCCUAACAGUCAAGAUGCCUCCUGUAGCGAUGUUAGCUGUAACCUAACUAGCACUGAGCAAGUCAACCUGUCUGUGUUUGGAUUCAACUCAGCAUCUGCCUGAAGUCUGAACUUACCAUAAAACUCUGUAUAGUUGUCACUUCUUCAGAAGAUCAGGUUUUAAUUCAUUCAAACUGUUUAAUUAGUUUGAGCUAUUUUGAAAUGAAGGCCGACAGGUCAACAGCUGAGUCUGCAGGACCACAGUCUGAUGUUUGAAUUGGAAGAAGCCCCGACAGUUUGAAUAUUUUCUCCCCAUCUUCAACGGACUUUAUCAGUUUUUACUUUAAAUUCAUAUUCAGUUUAUUUCCUUCCAGUCUGCCCUGGGAUGCAUGUCAAACACUCAGUGCUACUAAUUUAGUGUCACAAUGCACAUUUUGAUUUGACAUCGUGUCCUUAUUAAUAUAUUAACUUGUCCUUUUCCUCCACUGGCUACUGGGCCUCAUGCCAGAAACAUCAAUAUGUUUUCAGUUACAUGUUUAUUUGUUCUUUUCUUUAUGCACUGGGAUUCAAAACUUUCCCCCUCCAGUAUUUCCCUGACUGAAUCUUGCAGCAUUUGAUGGCAGUUUUGUGGUGUUGCUAAUGCUAAUAAUCACGUCUUUAUGAACCAAUAUUCAUCAGGUUAAAAAAAUAAAAAUCUGCUUCAGGUUUGUACAGUUCAGUCUUUACUUCCAACACUUAAAGGAGCAAAUCCCCACAGAAAGAGGAGUAGAAUAAGAGUCCUUAUAUCUUGCAUGAGGCCUUCCUAGUAAGACUUUGGCAUAAUAAGACACUGGCAGCUGCUUUUCCUUAUCUAGCUUCUUGCUACACACAAUUUGAAAAGAUCUUAAAAGUCCAGAUAUAUAUUCUGUCCUGUGUUUCACCCUGACAAACUCCCUGAAUAUUUAGAGCCUCACAGGCCCAUAGGGGGCGUCACUGAGGCCUAACCUUUGUCCUCUGCAGGUGUCGCGUAACUGGAAGGUUUAAUAAUUCACCACAUAAGCAGCACCAGGACAGACACUAACGGAUGCUAAUGGCUUUCAGUCAGAGAGGCUGCAUUUAUAUCUGAAGUAGGUCAGUGAUUUUUAUCUUCAGCAUUGAUGAUUGAGCCUCGUCAAUGAGAAGUAGAUCUCAUUUUCAGGUAGUGUGAGGCUAAAUGGGUUUAAGAGCUGCUUUGUGAAAGAUCAGCUCAGAUGAUGGCAGCAGUAAAGCUACCAGCUGUACUGUCUUUCUAAAACCCCACUCACCUACAUCAUUAAUGCAUUUGUUAAUUUGACAAUAAUCAAGAGACCGUUAUUUUAGGGGACUUACUGCAACAAAGUCCAAAUUGGUAAACUUGCUGCUUAAAACUCUGGUAGGAAUUUGGCCUAGGUGAAACAGGUAUUUAAACUCCAUGAAGGUUGACUGAACUGUUCAAUCCCCUUAACAGCUUUUGAAGAAAAUGUUUCCUUCAAAACAAUAUCUAUUAUCUUAGCAAAUGUGAAUGAUAAAGACUAAAGCUGAACAUCGGGUGACUAAGUUAGAAACACAUUCUACUGCAGAGACUGCAAAAACCAAGAUGUUUGGUACUACAAGGUCCAGAUCCAGAAUCCUCUUUGUGUUACUGAAAUUACUCAACAUGCUUCACGCACUGCAUUCCUAAAUCACUGAAACACUUGUCUUUGCAGUGUCUUUGGGCAAAGAGCUGUUCUGGAGACAUAGAACCAUACAUUAAAUUCACAUUCAAAAGUGAGAACAGAAGUGUGCAACCUCCUGUCAGAUCUUUAAAUGAGCAGCUGAAGAUCUUAGUUCCAGAGUUAACAGUGAUGUGACUGUACUGACAAACCCAGGUACACAUCUCCUCACUGCAGCGGGGUAGCUCAAACCACAAAUAUAAACCAUAAAUAUGCAAUGGACAUCUUAGCCUUACGUAUUACUUUGGAAUUCUAACGUGUGAGACAACAGUUUGUCCUAAAUGUUUGUGUUUCCUUCUUGGUAUUAGUAAUUUGAGUAGUCAUCCCCCCUUUAUCUGCAAACCCUUUGCAUGUGGAUUCGUAUGAAAUGAAUAUGGUUAAACAAGUAACAACUAAUUAGGCCUUUAAAGGUGAAGUCUAAUUCCAGACUUCUCCUUUAAGUAGGCAAAGUGAUCUUAAAUAAUAAGAGAUCUGUGAUAUUUAACCUAAGAAGGUUUUUCACUGUUGUACUGGCUGCACAGACAAAGAUAGAUGUUUGUUUCUUUUUAAAGUCUUGUUUUUGUUUUGACAUUACUCGAUGCAAAGAUGACUUUUUAAAAUUAGAUUCCAUCCCAGGUACGGUGCAUAUAUACUUCCAUGUUUAAAGCAGUCCAUUUAUUGAGUAAAUCUAGCGUUGCUUUUCCCAUCUUUUGUGGCUCUGGUGAGCUUCGGGGAAUUUGCAUUGCAUUUCUUUUUAGAUUAACUAUUUUUCUGUGUGAAUAUACCGGUUUAAUUAUAUGAACGACUGUACAGAAAAAAUUUUUUUUUUCUUUGUAUGCUGAUAUUUACUUUUUGUAAAUGCUUUGACUUAGAACGCUAUGUAAAGGGACCCAGCAUUCGGCUUCCAUUUAUCACUGUAAAUGUACGUAUGUAGUGGGAAAGGAGAGGCUUAUGGCAGACAGAGGAUGUACAUAUUGUGUAAAGCGUACUGUACAAUGAUCCUUCACACCUCUGUGGGAGUUGCAAGAAGAAUUAUUUAACAGUUUGUAGUAAAUAUUUCCAUUAAAAAUAUUAAAAAGUUUUUUCAAAAA